AUGCUUAAAACGAAAGGAAUCAAGAUUGAAAGAACUGCUGAACAGGUUAGAGACAAGAUUGGAGGAAUUGAACAAGCCUAUAAGGUUGCACGGGAUUUCAUGUACACAGAAACUGGCGUUGGCCUGUUGGCAACAGAUGAAGGCAGCUUCCAAGACCUAGUAAGGAAAAGGGGCAAGAACUUUUUCAAACUAGAACCUAUUUUCACUGACCAUGUUGGCAUUUCACCUGAGACAAACAAAGAGAUGCCAAAUGAUGGCUUCGGUGAUGUGGGAAAUGAUUUGGCAGACAGUGACGAUGAUUCUUUGCUUGAUGUUAUUGGUAUGGUUGGUGGAAAGAAUAAUCCAGUAGCAGAAAACAGCAUGGAAAGUCCAAGUGCUUCGACCGCAACUCGGGUGACCACUCCAAGUAGUACAUCAACUUCCGUUGACCAAAGAACUCCAAGGCCAUCGCCAACACUGGCAACACCCACCCCACCAG